GGCAAUCAAUACCGGUGGUCACUUGGGCCUCAUUUUCAUGUUUUGCUUUCUUUCCAUGUAGUUUACUUGGACCCAAGUUCUUCAGCCCCCCCCUUUGUGUGUUCUGCAUCAACAAUCAGCCUUACCACUUAUACUUGCUUACACAAAGGGUACUUCUUUUCAGAGAAUGAGUGGUUCGCCCACCUCUGCAGAGGCCGCCAGAUUUCUUCAGGCAACCACAGUCACCUAUGACCAAGGAAGGCCCCAGUUUCGAAUGUUUUGCAUUUCCUCCAUUCCUUGUUUGACCCCUCAAAAAUUACUUUGUCCGUUUUUUUUUCUCAAUUGCAGCCUCACAAAGCCAUUGUAAGUUAAUGAACUCACACAAUGAACAACCUCAGGCGCAAGGACCACCGCGGGGCCGUUGACUUCCACGGUCCCGGCCAUCACCACGGCCCCACAGUCCGGCAUCGGACCGUUCAGGCAGUAUCGAUACCUCCCACGACACUGGCUUCAAUUGCUUUGUCGAUGUCAAAGACUACUGCCUCUCCCGGUCUCAUGUCUUUUGAUUUUUUUCAGCAGCCAAUUCAAUCAAUUCAUUCCGAUUUCAAUAUUGACUGCUAUCGGUCUGCAUCACCAGCCAAGUUGGACCUGGGCCUGGAGCCUUGUACCAAUUGGGCUGGUGAAAGCGAUAUGCGAGAGAUGAGUACAAUUUCUACCAUCAGUGCCGAUACUUCUUCUACUGGUUCCAUUUUCUCCUCUGUUCCGACCGAAUUCAGUGAUGCGAUGACGGUCCGUAACGGUAGAGGUCGCUCAAGAGGUCCGAGUCCACUAAGUCGAGGUGGGCGAACUAACAGCACUGAUAAUUCGACGCCUUCUUUCGUCUGCCUUGGCCCUCAAUGCCAACGAGCUUUCUCGUCUGACAAGGACCUCAAGUCCCACGUCAAAUCUUGUCACAUCUAUCUGUGUAACUGGGCUGGCUGUGACCAGCCGAGCUUUUCCACCAGGGACGGACUUAUCUACCAUGUCAAAGUCAAACAUCUUGUCAUUUGUCCAUCGCCCGGUUGCACAGAGACGACAUUCCAAAGUAUUCGCCUUCUUCAGUCCCACAUAGCCAUGGCUCACCCCGAGGAUGGUAGAGAUGAUGCAAAGGAAUGGGAGCUUCCAGCAAAGAUAAAUACUAGCAUGGAGACGGGCAACAGGUCAUCGUCAAGUGGAACGCCCACCACUACUCUUGCGUCUCUCAAAAGAAAGAACAGAGAUCAUGACACAGAUAUGUCCAUGGAUGUGGUUAAGACGAAGCAUCAAUGCCAAGAUCGCCUACAGAUCGUCGUUGAGAAGCGAGCUAGAAAGAAUGCUGGCACUCCACGAAGUGCAGAGAGUCCAACAGACCUUAUCAGAGGGCGAGCCUCACGGUGUAUAGAAAUAACGAGCUUUCCUCUAGUCUUCGAACACGCCAUUCUUCCAUUUCUUUCCCAAUAUCUGCCUAUCUGGGUUGGGCCCCGUCACGUAGUCACUGUCACUCGAGGCAAAUCCCCACAGAUGAAGCGAAUUUGCAUCAUGGCUCCAAAAUCUAUUUCUCGUGCUCGAAAGAUCAUCAUUGUUAGCCACGUUCAAGAUCUUAUCCCCAGCAACUUUUCCAAGCUAGUCACGUUUGCUUUUACGCAAGGGGAGAUUAACCGCACCGUUACCUGGGCUCGUGGCCUAGGCAAAGAUCACAAGGACGAUAUCUGUGCCGCGAGAAACCCCUACUUCUUCCGCGAUCCUUGCAUGGGUGACAGCAUCGGUGUUACAGGAAAUGGGGUAUUUGAAGAUAGCACUGCUACUCUUGGUCCUUGCAUCACCGUCGGUGGUGGGAGUUAUUGGUUGGGCAACUUUCAUCCCUUCAUGGAGGCCUACCAACAGCUCGCUCAAGUGGAGGUUGAGCAUCCAUCUUCCCAAGAUCGCAAGCGAUGCAUAGACGAGGGACAUGAUGCCAUGGCCCAGGAGACGAACUUCAGGCUCGGUAAGCUCGAGGUCACGUCAGGUCUGAACCUCAAGACGACGAGAAUUUCGCAUGAUCCUUAUUGGGAUGAGUGUGAUAUGGAUAAGCCCCUUGUCGUAACAGACUGGGCUCUCAUCGGUGCUCGUACUUCACAAGCAAAUAUCCUUCGCAAGUUCCCUUCAGAAACCCAGCCUCCAACUCAGGAACCAACCGUGGCUACUACAACCGCUAUUGUGCCAGGCGCAGAUGUUCUGUCUAGCGGUCGAACAUCUGGUUAUCAGCGCGGUCAGAUUUGCGAGAUCCCUGCGUAUGUCUCUGGGGUGGAGAACCAGACGCAGAAGGCUACGAGAGAAUGGUUUAUCGAGGAACCAUGGCCGCAAGAGGAUGAGGAUGCCUGGAUACGUGGAGGCAUUGGUGUUAACGGCGACAGUGGUGCUGGAGUUGUUGACGCCAAUACACAUGGUCUAAUCGGUCAAGUCUGGGGUCGCAAUAACUAUUGGGGGCCCGGACAACGUGUCACCUACUUCACUCCCAUCGCAGACAUUUUCGACGAUAUCCAGGAAAAGUGUGGGCAGCAGUCACGCCCUCAACUUCCGCAGCAUCGUGAUGAAGCAAACUGCUUUCCGUUACACCCAUCAUGUCGUCAAUGCUUCGAUCUACGGGUAUACCUCAAUAGUAGCAGGAGGAGCUCGCGGAUGUCGCUCCAAAGCAUGAUAAUGGGUACAGGUGAUGGCGACCAGGAUCUGACCUCUAUUGAGGCUGUCUCAGAGCUAGCUACACCAAAGGAUUACCACCGCUAUUCGGGCAUCGAAGAGACUCUGGCUUCUCUCAGCGGCAUUGUCUCUCCAGCAGGGCCCAGUGGUUAUCCUGGCACUCCCAUGAUAGCCGAUAUGAAGAGCCCCUAUGCUACAGAGCUGGAUCUUGGUGAUCUGUAUGGGCCAGAAGCAACUGCACCAACUCAGGCUCGAAAGAGAAGAACGUCUUGUCUAGCUGCUGCGCCGGGUUCAGAUAGAUGGAAGAAGCAGAGAACUGGUGAUUGAUCAGCCAGCGAAACCUCCUCGUGCCAUCUUCUUUGCCCGAGCAUCGCGUCUAUUGUGGUUCGCCCGAGACCCCUUAUUUGCUUCUUUGUUCUUCCUAGCACUUUCCGUCUCCUUCUCGCCUGUAGGCCCCGCAACAUUGCCGCCUCUUCCCCGACCUCGCCCCCGUCCUCGUCCUCGACCACCACCUCUGCCACCCCUCGAUGAUCCACCGUCAGGUUCGCUUCCUUCUUCUCCCGAGCCAGCUGGAGAUGCUCGCCAAGAUGUGCGUUCUAGUUGCGCUUGUUGUCCACUAAAGGCAUACUUGGCCUCUAACCGUCGCUUCUGUUGGGGGUUCCUGACCAAGAUAAGGGCCCAUCCCUCUAUGGCUUCAUCUGUCAUUCCAGUUUCUUCCCGCAGUUUGGCUCGCGGGUUACCUCGCCUUGUGCCAGCAUCACGGUCGAACAGCUUUGAGUCCAUCUGGUACGCACGGAACAAUGCCUCCUCGUUGCUGUCGCUCGCCGCAUCGGCUUCCUGGUUGGAGGCGUCAACGGUACCACCCACAUCGUCAGCAUCGUAAGUAUCAUCACGUUCGUCAUCAUCAGAAUCGAAUGCCGCGAGGGCAGAGAGAAUGGCCGAUUUGUUAGGCGCGGUUGCUUUAUCUUUGAGCAUUUCAUCGGCGUUCUUGCCUGGUUUCUUUCCAAAUGAAACCUUAGAAACGUCCAUGGCAAGGCGGUCGAAAUCAUCGUCGUCAAAAACAUUGUGCCGUGUGGGAACCUGAGGCGGAGUAGAUCGCGGUGCAAGCUCUGUGUGUCCUGCUUCAGGGUGUGAUGACCUAAUGAUGGAUUAACAAAUAAUCGCGAUUUGAGAAUAGGCAGAUUAUCACGUACAAGGACUCACUGCGGUCAGCAUUAGCCAAGUGAGGCGGUAGAGUCUCACUUAGCAAAUUGGCUACAACCUGCUCCACGUCCUCUCCGUAUUCAUCGAGACAUUUGGACACAAAGCCGGAUCCUAAAUCGGGAAAUAAAUCCUGAACCUGAGUGAUUUGGCUCAUUUUAUGAACAUGAAUGUCGGCAUUCGCUUCUUGCUGCGUUAUUUUGCCUUUACCUUUAUCCAAUCUCCUUCUUAUAAGUCGUUUAGGACGGACCAUGGUUCCCUUUCUAUAGCCCUCCAAGGCCGUAAUUCGCUUCUUGAAAUUUUCGGUCGCCGCGCCGGUAUCCUCCGCCCUCCGUAGUAGUACCUUCAAGAGGGGGGUGUUGGUGAUGAGCUCAGGGACAAGUGAGUCGUUGACAUUGAGAGGGCCAGCCUUGUGAGCAUCAGCCGCUUCCUUGAGGGCGUAUAGUUGAUCACUCAGCAUCGACCAUUUGGCUGGUUCAGUAUCUAUUAACCCAACCAGACAUAGAUACGUCGUGGUCAAUAUCACUUUGCGCAGAGGAGGGUUCAUGACGCGGAAGCACACGAUGAGGCCAUCGAGAAAGUCAGAUCCCGCAAGGAAUAAAGUGCAGGUAUCCGACGAAGCAUGUAGAAGAUAAUUCAGUCGUAUCAGGCGAGCUUCAACGCUCUUCAAAUCACCCUUGAUACCAGCCUCUAACUGUGGGAUAAGUUGCUUCUUCAGGGCAGUCAAUGCAGCCUCAAGCGCAGCAGCGUGUCGCUGAAAGAGCCGUGCAAUGAGAGGGGCAGUAGCUUUCCUGGGGAAUAUUCUUGCGAUAUUUGCCAAGAACGCAUAAUCGAAUAGUUGAGGAGGUGGAGAUACAGUGAAGACUCUCGAUACGAGCUGAAAUACAGCUUUUGGUAGUGUUGUCGAGUGAGAGUCUAGUAUUGUGAAGCCUGCCUCUGCUGUCUCCUCUGCGAAGGAGACUAGGAAUGUUGCAAUGGAGUCGUCGCGCGCCAGGGCUGUCUUGAUGUCCUUUUCAGACAGGGACGAAAUGGCACGGCAAAUAGAUGUCCAGGAUUGCAGGAGUGUAUUCCAUUCGCUGGAGGAGAGAUGCUGUCGCCAUGAUGACUGGGGGAAUGGUGCGAGGGGUGGUAAAGAGACCAUGGUUGGGUGUCUUUGUGUGCGUGGUAAACUUCUGGUUUUGUGCGCUAAAUCGAGUGCAAUUUUGGGCUUGGUUAGAAUUUCAAGAGAGAGAUGAGUCGUUCUUAUAAACUGUCGCUCAUGACCUUCAUGAAUAUCGUGGCUCAAGCCUGCGUUUGCAUCGCCGGAUGAUUCAUCAGAAAGUGGAUUCUCACAGCUGCAAGCUGAUG